AAAAGUAUAUUGUAUACUAUAAUCUUGCAAUUUUUUUAGCGAUUUUAAAACAUUGAUGUAUUCAUUGCGCAUGCGCGAGAAAUCAGCCCGCCUUCUCAUUCUCACUGAUAUGAGUUUGCCCGUCACCGUUACUGCUAUUGUUGAUUAGUAGGGUUAUAAGAACUAAAAUAUGUUUUAAAUAUAAUUCAACUUGAUUAUACGUAUUCGAUACGUUUUUGGAUGUGGUUUAUAUUAUAAACAUAAAAUUACACAAUAUGAUUUUACUAAAAAACUUUAUAAACUUUAUUGUGCUUUUUCUAAUGUUGGUUAUUAGUAUAACUAGCAAAGAGACUAUGGAACAAGUUGUGACACAAUCAAUUGUCGAAGAUACUUUGAUUCAACAAGAAAAUGAACAAGUAUAUACAAAUGAGGAAAAAGAUUCUGUAAAAAUAAAUGCUGAAGUAGCAGUAAAUGCCACUAAUACGAUUUCAACUAAUAUUACAAAAAUUAAUUGUUCAUCUGAGAAGAUAUAUGGUCCUGUUGAGAUUGUCAAUGCAACAAGGCUUAUGGAGUUAUUAAUCUUAGAACCUGGUCCAUCUAAUCGUUCAAGAAAUGACAAAGAUGAUAAACAAUUACCAGGAACAUGUGUUAUAGUAUUAUUUUAUGCUAGAUGGUGCAUAUUUAGCAGUCAAGCUGCACCACAUUUUAAUGCCAUACCACGUUCGUUUCCUCAGAUUAAAGCUGUGGCCAUUGAUGCUAUAAAACACCAAAGCUUCAAUGCUCAGUAUGGAAUAGUUGGGGUGCCAACAUUGAUGCUAGUUCACAAUGGUAAGCCUGUCGCCAAAUUUAAUGAUACUGUUUAUACCCUGGAAUUGUUUGCCAAAUUUAUAUCUCAUCUGACAAAUCUGCAACCAAAUGGCUCACUAUAUGUUACAUCGGCGGAUUUCAUGGGACCAGUUGCAAGCACGCCUUCUAAUGAAGUGGACUAUUGUCUAGUGUUGUCAUGGAUCUUUAUCAUUGCUUGCGUGUUGUACUUUACAUCGUGCAGCAGAUGGUGGCAACAGUUUGUCGAGCUCAUUCAGAAUACGUGGCGUGAGAGUAAUGCACAACACGAACAUGUCGAUUAAAUACUAUAUUUUAUUAUUAAAUAUUGAGUUAUUUAUUCAUAAAAGCUUUGUAAAUAUGUGUAUAUAUAUUAUAAUUAAUAUGUUUAUAUAUAUAGAUAGAUAAAAGAAGAAAAGUAAAUAUAUGAAAUGUGAAA